CUGCCAUGUACCAGGCACGUAAAUAAAUAUUAAAAAAAAAAAAAAAAAAAAAAAAUUGUUACUGUUUAUAAAUACACCCAACUGUCCAUCUCAGGUUGACAUCCCAAUUGCUGCAUGGCAAUCGUUUAAAUUCUGAGUUUCACUUGUGGUCGAUCCACCUACUGCUAGCUGCUGCUAUUGUGGCAGCGGCUGCCGCAACGAUCCAAAGAUGUCUAUACUGGAUAUGAAAGCCGGUCCGCCGGAUUAUUGGGCAGAAAUCGGAAACUUCUUUUUGCCACUGAAAUAUCUAAUUACGAACGAUCGCUUCGAUGCGCUGGUACAGAAUAUCGACCUGCAUUACCUGAUCAAUGCGGUCUUCUGGAUAUUUAUAGUGUUAUCCUGCGGCUUCUAUGGAUUUCAGCGCGUCUUCCAGUUCUUUUUGAAAUCGUCAAACGUAAAGUACUUCAAGCGCAAACAGUUCGCUCGAUUGAUAUGGAAUAUUGCAUUCUAUGGCGCUUGCUGUCUCUUUCUGCACUUUUACAACGAAUUCAUGAUACUGCCGCAUCUGAUGAAGAACCAGGGUCGUUAUUCGCUCUUCCAUAGCUCCGACAAUCUCAUCUUCUAUCGCUCGCAUCAAUAUGAGAAAUUUCAGUUCUACUCAAUAUUCAUAAUAACGUUCUACCUGCAUGGAGCCAUGCUGGACUUCAAGGAGGCGGACUUUCUGGAAACCGUCUCCAAGGGCCUCUAUCUGUUCGCCCUCAUCGCCAUCGAUGUCUACAGAUACGAAAACUAUUUUGUUGGCCUGAAUCUCACGCUGGGGCUGUACAGCAUUCUAACGGAAUGCCUCUCAUUGUUGGCCUUGCAGAAUUCGAAUCGCAACCGCUUGGUCUAUCAAGUGUUUAUGGGCCUCAAGAUUGCCGCCUGGCUGCAUGUGCACAUCAAUCUGCUGCCCUUCAACUACUUCAUACCCACGCUGUUUGCCAAGAACUUCAAGCUGCCGCUCAAUGUGGCCAUCUGGGUGUGGUAUGGCCUGGCCAUCUGGAACUCGCCGGUGCUGCAGUAUUUCUAUCAUCAGAUCUAUCAUACGGCGCCAUCUGAUUGCUCCGGCGAGGGCUCGGCAGCCAAAUGCAUCCUCAUCAAGGACACCAGCGAGUAUCGCCACUUCAAGACGCUGCAGCGGGCCUAUCUUGAGGUGAAGCUGGCGCAUGAGAAGGCCACAUCGAAUCCUCUGCCAGCCACUGAGUCCGCCUCGGCCAAGACCUAUCAGGCCAUCAAGUGCGUUAUGAUGCUGAAGCGCAAAUUGAAGCGUAUUCGCGAGGGUCGCGGCGCCGAGCCGGAGGAUGAUAGCGAGGAGCUAACCACGAAUUGAUUAGAUUCUGCUCUUGACUGCACACAACCAAAAAAAAAACAACAACCACAACAAGCAAACAAAACUGUUUCUUCUGCUUAUAAAAGACAAAGCCCCAAGGCCCCAAAGGUGCUCGAUGCGCUACAAUUUCCAACUACCUCCCGAGUCUUGAGCACGCAUCCUAAUGCACAUUUAUAUUUAUAUAAACAUACUAUACAUAUAUAAAUACAUACAUACCAAAAGAAAAACAUCACAUCAAAGACACACACACACACACACACACACACACACACAAUUCGACACAUUCGACACAUGUUCUCUUACACUCUUCUAUUUCUCUCUCUCUCUUUCUAUCUCGCUCUCUUAAUAUCUCUCUCUCUCUCUCUCUCUCUGUAGUACCUAGUUAGUUAUUGAAAAUCUCUCACGCCUAGUGAGCUAUGCAGCAAUGCUUAUUUAUGUACUUAGUAUGAAUAUCUAGCAGUAGCUUUUAGACCACCUUAGCUCUACAAAUAGUUCUCUUUUCCGCUGUGACCUAUAAAUCUGUUGUAGUUCAAUUCUAAUAAAGUGAUUAACAAAUUGAAA